AUGAAUGAAAGUCAUAAUCAUUCAGUCAAUACAAGUGGUUCAAUGAAAUUUUUACGGAUAACACCUGAGGUGGAGCAAGUGUUUAAUAUGUAUUUUGAGGAUGGAAUGGGUGCUGCUGAAGCGAUACGCUUACAUGAAAGCAAAAUAUUAUUGAAUGAAAAUUGUUGGGAGACUUUAGCAAAUGGUUCAAAAAACCCAAAUAAAGAAACUGUGGCAUAUUUACACAAAAAAUGGCGAAAAAAUAAUUUUGGUUGUGUAAAUAACCCAUUAGAAAAAUUAAAAGAAAAGACUCAAUCAUAUGCUGAAAGAGGUAUUUCAAUAAUAAUACAUGAAGAAAAACCAUGGGCAGUCUUGGUAGUUACUCCUCUCAUGAAAAGAGUCCAGCAUUUGUCAUCCUCCAAAGAAUUAAUUUUUUGUGAUAGCACAAGUAGCUGUGAUACCAUGGAGACUACUCUUACAACUGUACUUGCAGUGUCAAAUGCUGGAGCAGUUCCCAUAGCAAUGAUUAUGCAUGAGGGCCAAUCAAGUGAUAGCUAUAAAAAUGCUUUUGGGCUUCUGAAAAAGCAUUACCCAUUAUGCUUUGGUGGUAAUGAGGUACCUAUUGGCUUUAUGACCGAUGACUCUGCUGCAGAACGAUCAGCAUUAAAGACACUUUGGCCAUCAUCUAGAUUACUCCUGUGUUCAUUUCAUGUACUACAAAAAGAAUGGGGUUGGCUACAUGAAACUAAAAAUAUGGUGUUGAAGGAGAAACGUUUGCCUUUAAUGCGGAUGUUCCAAACAGUAUUGUAUGCUGCAGAUGAAGUCAAUUUGAAUGAAGCUACUUCCAAUAUUUUGAACUUAAAGGAUGAAUUUCCUAAUUUUGUUAAACGCUUUGAAAGUUAUUUCAAGAGAAAAAAUGAGUGGGUUUUAAUGUUUAGACGUGAUAUUAUAACCAGAGGAAACAAUACUAACAACUAUGCUGAAGCAUGCAUACGAAUAUUGAAAGAAAUUAUAUUAAACAGAACUAAGGCAUAUAAUGUAGUGGCUCUAGUUGAAUUCAUUUGUUAUGUGUGGGAAGACUAUUUAAUUCUUAGAAUACUAGAUCAUGCACAUAAUCGCCGGGAUAAUAUUCAACGAAAUUAUACUAAACUUUGUUCUCGAACAUCAAAUUUUAAUAUUGAUCAAGUAACUAAAAUAAGUGAAACAUGUUAUUCUGUGCCAAGUUCUGAUACUGAGAAUUCUGCAGUUUAUACUAUAGAUAUUCAAAUUGGUGUUUGCGAUUGUUAUGUCGGAUUUACUGGUGCAUUUUGCAAACACCAAGCCUUUUUACACAAACAUUUCAAUUUAUCUCUACCUAAUGCACCACCUAUAACUGUCACUGAAAGAUAUGCACUUGGGCAACUUGCUCUUGGUGACAAGUGCCCUUCUCAGUCAUGGUUCCUGGGUUUAAAAGAAAAUGAAAGUGGUAUUCAAUUUCAAGAAGAAUUUGAACAUAGUAACAUUGAUUAUGUGGCCCAUGCUAGUAAUCAAAUUGAGUCCUUUCCUAGAUCUGAAGACAUCUCAAAUAAAAAUGACACCAAUAUCCUUCAAUCAUUUAUAGCUGAUGAUAAAGUUGCAAAUAACAAGGUAAAUGAUGAACUUGAAAAAGGGUUUUUAAGAUUCAAAGAGUUUUUAAAUGAUGUGCCAUUAGAUAUUCGUCAAAAAUUAACAAAAAACCUAAAUGUGAUAAAAAAUGCACAACAAUUGACAAAAUUAAUGGUGACAUGUAGCCGAGGACUAAGUGUGGCAACUAAAAGAAAGGGACAAAUAAAGGUUCAAUCAACUUCAAUUUCUCGUCGAAGACAAGGUGUAACCCGUGGCUCUCGAAGAAUUCCAGCUCCAAGAAUUUCCACCAUAAACUUCUUCCAAUUGACGAUGAAUUUCUAUAGGUGGAAUUUUUUUUGCGUGUAA